AUGUCUCCUCAGACGAUCGUUGUCAUUGGUGCUACUGGGUCCCAGGGCGGUGCCGUUGUCAAAGAGCUUCUGGCAAACCGGGACCUCUAUCAUGUCCGGGCCAUUACGCGCGAUGUAACCAAACCCGCGUCUCAAAAGCUCGCUGCGCUUGGAGCAGAAGUCCGGUCUGCCGACCUUAAUAGCGGUAGCGAUGCCCUUGCACAGGUGUUCGCUGGCGCUGAUGGUAUCUUUGCACUGACUGAUUUCUGGCAAACGCAAUCUACCGCUACUGAGAUUGCGCAAGGGCGUGCUAUUGCUGAUGCCGCAGCGCGGACUGAAACUCUGAAGCAUUUUGUCUGGAGUGCCCUUCCCGAUCCCGUCAAAUUGUCAAACGGCCAGCUUCUCAAUAUCCACCAUUGGAAGGGCAAGAGCUUGGUCACUGAAUACAUCCAGAAGGAACACCCAGAGCUAUGGGCAAAGACCACUACUGUGCUCUUCCCCAACUACUUUGAAAACUGCAUUACUACUCCGGAUAGGUAUCUUCCUCAGAAGGAUGCGAACGGGGCUUACACUUUGUCAUUCCCUCACAGUCCAGAAACCGUGAUGCCCAACGUCGCCAUUGCUGACACCGGUAAGCUUGUGCACACCAUCCUUCAGGCCGGCUCAAAGUAUUUUACCAAGACUAUUGCCUUCUACUCGGAGGCCCUGUCGGAGUCUGAAAAGUUGGCCAAGAUCGGAAGCCAGUACAACGUUCCCACGAAGUACCAAAAGCUCAACAGCAGAGAAUGCCAGGAGCUUCUUGAAUCUCGGGAUGGCAUGUCUCCAGAAAUCGCGCUGGACUUCACCGAACAAUUGAUGAUGUUUGAGCUCUUUGGUAAUGUCUACGCCAACAAAGAAUUCGUGCAAGCUAGAGAGAUACCUGGGCUCUCACUUCAAACCUGGUCGGAGUUCCUUCGCGAAAAUGACCUGAGCAAAUUCCUGUAG